GAAUUCCCGACCCGACAGCAGACCGACUGCGCAUGCGCGGACGAAAACUCCAUGAUUUUUUUUUUUUGGCACGGGAUCCUAAGGAAAAAUAGGAACUUGGAAACGAAUAUAAACUGAAAGCAGCAUCACAAAGGCAUUAUCAAUCCCUCGCUCGCAUAUGUACACAGUAAAGACGCGUAGGAGCGCGCCGAAGCGUUGAAUGAAGCGAUCGCACGCUCCGCGGCCGAGCAGGAUUCACGCGAAAUUGGACGACAAUGCACGGGGCGCAAUAAAACCAAGCGUUAUUGCUCUUUGUUUUUAAGCAGGACGGCUCGGAUGGUGCGCGGGGAUGUGGCUAAAAAUCACACGGCGUUAAUAACAGCUCCCGCAACGGCGACAUUUGCGACUCAAGUCCGUCUUGACGCUUGUUCAGUCUUCAGUCUGCGUUGUGCAGCGCGCCGAAGAAGCAGGAAACUUCGUAAACACAGAGAUUGUCAGCUUCUGGAGAGUUCCAUAGAAGCAUCCCAGUCCGUUUGAGAGGACCGGAGAGGAUUGCGUGUCAAUUUGUUGUAUUGCUUUGUGCUUCGUUAAUGCUGUGUAAACGUCCUCCAAAGAGUGUCUUUCACAAUUGGUGCUGACCAAGGCUGUAUAAAAAUGAAAAGGAGCUGGAUGUGUGCGAGCAGAAAAUGACGGGGGGCAGUGAGAGUGCAGCAGGAGAAAAAGAUGGAGGUACGACUCUCAUCGCUCAGAUCCCGGUUGGCUGGCAGAGGAAGAUGGAAGCUGGGGCUGUAUCUUACAUCAGCCCAAGUGGUACAGUCCUUCGAUCUGUGGAUGAGUUGAGGGUGUAUCUGCGGACAGACGGCACAUGUAAGUGUGGUCUCGAGUGCCCGCUAGUCCCAAAUAAGGUCUUUAAUUUUGACCCUGCUGCGGUGGUCCAAGCUCCUGGUCAUCAGUCAGGGAAAAUAGAGGAAGACAUGACCAAACUCUGUAACCAUCGCAGGAAAGUUGAUGCCAUGGCGGCGUUAUGCCAAAGCAUGCAGCCCUCCCAUCUUCCCUCGUCGGCUCAAGCCACAGGAGGUGUUGUAUGCUCAGUGGAUGGCAGAGAGCUGAGAGGAUCAAUGGUGGCUCAUGGAGACGGCACCCACUGCACUUACCCUCAGCAAAGACACAACCAACCCAAAUCCAACAUUGGCUUUCCUCUGUCCUCUCCCCGUGCUGUUGUGCAAAAUGGUUCUGUUAGCCUUGCCUCUAUUUCUCGGCCUCUAGAACAGGGUUCACCUUUAAAGAAACCUCAAACGCCAGUGGGCUGCAUGCCUGGUUACGCGAAACAGCAGUGGAGCCCUCAUCCACCGCAAAGGACAGUGCACAGCCCCACUUCUCCUAACAGUGUUAAACCUGGUGUACACACGCAUAUGCAUCCUCCAGACCCCUCCAGUUCCUAUUCCUUAUCCCCGUCUUCAUCCUUUGCGCUGAGUGGUCGAGCAGCUCCGCCACACUCCCAGGGAGCAAGUGUUAAGUCGCCCUCUCCUCUGUCACCCUCACGUACCUUGGACACUUUCUCACCCCACCAACGCUCUCGCCACUCUUCGACGUCCUCGCUCUCAGAACACGUGGCCCAAGGGUCCGUCUUCAUUCAGGGGGGCAAACCGUUGCAGCCCACCAUGCCGUGCUCCUCUCCCAAGCUUCCUCUUGCGCCUUCCAGUCCAUGUAGUCGCUUGGAGGGCAUACUGCAGCACUACAAAGACUGUAGUACCUCCAACACAAGCUCCAGUGCUAAUUCUAGCAACCAAAGCAACCAUCAGAUGUCACAAGCCCUGUCGUUGGUGCAUCCCAACGCAGGCGGCAAGAGGAACGGAGUGAGUUCUGCUCAAGCCCCAGGACUGCUUGGCCUUCCACUAGGACAGAUUCUCAACCAACAGAAGAGCCAGCAAAAGGGCCACAUCAAUAACUCCUUCCCGGCCAGCAGCCUCCUCUCUGCGGCCGCCAAAGCCCAGCUGGCCAACCAGAAAACCCAGCUCAAUGCAGCCGAUGCGCUGGCCGCACUCCCUCUUACGGGCUUGGACAAGGAACAGCAGUCAAAGGUAUUGAUUAGCACUUUAAACAGUAGCGUCCACCCAACUUCUGCCAGAACACAGUCCCUGACCGCCCUGUUGCUUCCGCACUCCCCUUCCCUUUCCCCGGCUUCCCCUGCUGUCGCUAAGAAAAAUUUGCGGCGCAAACGGCAGAGACGCUCGCCCACCGUUUUGGGCAUGCUCAAAGACUCGCAGUUAGGUCUGACUGCAGGAGAUCUCUCCGGGCCGCCUCUGCUUAUCUCCCCAUGCCUUUUGCCACCUUUUCCUCCUGUACCUCACUUAGACAACUACCGGCUACCUGUCGCUCUUCCGAAUGCCUCCAGGUUGCAGGAUUCGGAGGAAGGCAGGAAGCCAGGACUUGCUAAUUCCCUCCCACUUUCCUCCCCAUCUUCAUCCCAGCCCCUUUCCGCCCUGCUUCAGCUUCUUAGCAUGCAAAGCGCAACCCAGCAAUCCAGCGGCGCCACUGCCAUGCCUGGCAACAGGCACACAAACACGUUGCCCUCUUCACCGAGACCAAUCACUCCACAGACGCCCCAGUGCAACGUGCAGUCCACAUUACGUUUACUCAACCCCACCCCGCAACCUCAACCCCAAAGCACAGUGCCCAUGCCAGAACCUCCUAUCCAGCAACCCCCAUCCCAACCCUUUCCUUUGAUGGGUGACGAGACAACAAUGAACCUCAAAACAACCUCCAAUAACACCAUUCUGAACUUGAGCCAGCCCUACACGGGCACAACGUCGGACCUCAACAGUUCAAUUCUGAGCAUGAUGAACCAGAUGUCCUCAACAUGCUUUCCCUCAUUCCUGGACAAAGGUUGUGGAUCCAAAACAACAGAGACUUGUCCUGACCACAGUACCUACCAAAUUAACCAGUCAAACCACAACCAAGCUGUGGAAAGUAAAGGUCCUGUAGAGACGAUGGAUCAGCCGGACUCAGACACAAGAUUGCUGGGUGGCUGUGAGCCCGACCACAGCCUCUCUCUGCCCAAUGCCCCCUCUUCCGACCUUUCUAAUCCCUCAACCGACCCCGCUGUUUCCCUUGCAGAGGCUUUUCCCUUCAUGUCCCAAGAACAGCUCCUCCAGCUUCUUUCCUCCAACGCCGGUCUGCCUUCCCUGCUGCCGCCCUUCCUUGGCUCCCUGCCUUUAGGGUUCUGGACGGGCAGCCAACCUUCUGUGCCCGGCGGCAACCAAGCCCAGCAUCAACAGCCAGCCAGUGCCAUCCUAAACCAGGGCUCUCCUCUCAAUGUCCUAAACCAGGGCGAGCUUCCUCUCAACCUCGUGAGCCUGUUAAAUCCGCCAGGUUCUGCUGCACCGCUGCCCCCUGUUGCAGGGCUGGAAGGUGGUGAAAAACCGCCUGGGCUUCAAGCCCUCCUCAUGGCUUCGUUGCUGCUUGGCCAGAAUCCGGCUGCCAUGAUGCCACUACCAGCGCUCAACCUGGAGCUUCCUACGCCACCGCAGCAGGUCUUUGCGGACGGAGUGUCCCUGGAGAAGACCCCCGCUCUGCUGGACUCGGUCCUGAUGGGGCCGGGGCUCCUGGAGGCUCUUCAAACUCUAGCGCCCAGUGCAGACGGCCAGUCGCUACUUCUUUCCGCCUCCCUCACUCCACCCCCUCACGCCUUCUUGUCCCUCAACCCUGCUCUGCUGGCCGCAGCUCUUGCCCAGACAGAACCCCUACCCAACCACGCACCAUCCCCCCCGCCUCAUUCUCAGGGGACUCUGUCCAGCCCUGCUCUAGUUUCUACCUCGGUGUCCUGCGGCCCUCUGGUGUCCAGCACGGGGCCGGAAGUGUGUGACCCUCUGGCUGAGCAGGACAAGAACAACACCCAGACACCUCAUUUCCUACCGCCUCUACUCGCCCCUGGGGUUCUUGUUGCUGAUGAACAUGAUGCAGGACGACCGACUGACUGUGUGAUGAAGCCUGCUGAAGAUGUGCACACAGGAGCCAGAAGGGGGCGCAAGAGGAAACAGUCGCUGCAGAGAGGUGGCAUCGACAGCAUCAUCGAGGAGCCGACGAUAGUGCUGUCCAGAUCCACGCGGCCCGCCAGAGGGAAGAGGCGCCGCGUCGUCCGAUAGAUCCGACCGUACUUUCCCGCCAACACCAGCACUGUUGCCACGGCAACACCGUCUGAGCCGCACUGUGAAGAGUCUCCGAGAUUCUCUCCUCCUCCGUCUGUUUGUGUUCGUUCACCUUCUGUUACCACGAAUGCGACUGAUGCUACAUUGUUACAUUUGCAAACCGUUACCAGGCAACCAAUGAUGACUAUUGAUAAAUUGUUGCGUCAGUUUAGGAAUAGUUAUUGUUUGUUAACUCAGUUACUUAUGCUUCUUGUUUCAUGAUCGAGGUCCAGUGUGAUUGACAGCUCUGAUUCAAAGGAAUAGUU